CCGGCCUCCCGGACUGCGCCUCUCCAUGGGCCGCGGGGGCCGCGGAGCCGUCGCCAGCCACGGAGGCUGGACGAUGCCACGUGCCUGCCUAUCUUCUGAAGGGUAGCCCGGUUUAGCAAUCCAGGAACCACCAUGGGCCCCCGAGCAGCCGGCUGCCCGACGUGGCUGGUGACGCUGCUGCUACUCCUGUAUGCGGUCCGUCGAUCCAGCGGGGGAGACUGCAAGGGGGAACGGCAAGUGCUGCGCAACGCCUCUGGAUAUGUGACCGAUGGGCCGGGCAACUACUCUGUCAACGGGAACUGCGAGUGGCUGGUGGAAGCCCCCAGUAGCAGCUACCGCAUCCUCUUGACCUUCAUGUUCAUGGACACGGAAUGUACCUACGACUACCUCUUCAUUUACGACGGAGAUUCUCCCAGCAGCCCCCUGCUGGCCAGUCUCAGUGGCAGCACCCUGCCCCCCACCAUCGAGGCCACCUCUGGCAAGAUGCUGCUACAUCUGUUCAGCGAUGCCAACUACAACCUGCUGGGCUUCAACGCCACCUACACUGUCUCACUGUGCCCAAUGGGCUGUUCGGGGCACGGGACCUGCGACAACGAUGGGCGCUGCACCUGCUUUCAAGAUUGGGGAGGCGAAGACUGUUCAAUGCCCGACUGCGCCACCUAUUGUCAGAACCAUGGAACUUGCAGCCAGGACUCUGGGCGCUGCCAGUGUGAGCCAGGUUUUGUGGGGCAGGCCUGCGACUUGGCGCUGAGCGAGAACCAAGGAGCCGGCAAGUGGUACAACGUGAGCGCCGGGGAUCCCAGCUUCCGGGCCCGCACGGCUGCCGCCGGCGCCUUCCUACCCUCUACCGGAGGACUGUAUAUCUUUGGAGGUCUGGAUCUCAACACAGCCCUGGGCGACCUCGUCUUCUAUAACUUCACCACGAACAUCUGGCAUCAGCGUAUUCUCAGUCCCUCUCCGUCUGCACGUCAGUCCCACACCGCGGUGGCUUGGGAGGGCUUCCUGGUCCUCUUUGGGGGCGAGUUGGCCAGCGGCUCCCUCGCCAACGAUGUCUGGAUGUACCGGCCGCGGGAAGGGCGCUGGCAGGAGCUGCUGCCCCCCAACACCACCUGGUCUUCCAUGCCCCCUGGACUGGCUGGCCACGCCUCUGCCGUGGUGGAUGAAUGGCUGUACGUCUUUGGAGGGCGCACCUCGGUAGACGUCUUCUCCUCCCAGAUGUACCGCUUCCAUCUCCGGACGUGGGUCUGGGAACUGGUGAUGCCCUCGGGGGGCAAGGCACCCGCGGCCGCUGGCCACUCCAUGGUGUUCCACCCCGCUUCCCGCACCCUCUUGGUUUACGGCGGGCACCGGCCUUCCACUGCCCG